AUGGCAAGAAAACAUUUACUCUUUGUUUAUAUUAUUUUCUGCACCAGUAAUGGACCACAGAUGCAACCAGCUAAUCGUGAUGGCGGGAUGGGUGGAGGUGGCAUGGGCGAUGGUGGUGGCAUGAUGAACGGUGGUGGUGGCAUGAUGAACGGUGGUGGUGGUGGCAUGAUGAACGGUGGUGGUGGUGGCAUGAUGAACGGUGGUGGUGGUGGCAUGAUGAACGGUGGUGGUGAUAGGAUGAACGGUGGUGGUGGUAUGAUGAACGGUGGUGGUGGUGGUAUGAUGAACGGUGGUGGUGGUGAUAUGAUGAACGGUGGUGGUGGUAUGAUGAACGGUGGUGGUGGUGGCAUGAUGAACGGUGGUGGUGGUAUGAUGAACGGUGGUGGUGGUAUGAUGAACGGUGGUGGUGGUGGCAUGAUGAACGGUGGUGGUGGUAUGAUGAAUGCUGAUGGUGGCAUGAUGAAUGGUGGUGGCAUGAUGAACGGUGGUGGUGGUAUGAUGAACGGUGGUGGUGGUAUGAUGAACGGCGGUGGAAUGAACGGUGGUGGUAUGAACGGUGGUGGUAUGAACGGCGGUGGUAUGAACGACGGUGGUAUGAACGGUGGUGGUAUGAACGGCGGUGGAAUGAACGGUGGUGGUAUGAACGGCGGUGGAAUGAACGGUGGUGGUAUGAACGGUGGUGGUAUGAACGGUGGUGGUAUGAACGGCGGUGGUAUGAACGACGGUGGAAUGAACGGUGGUGGUAUGAACGGUGGUGGUAUGAACGGUGGUGGUAUGAACGGUGGUGGUAUGAACGGCGGUGGUAUGAACGGUGGUGGUAUGAACGGUGGUGGUAUGAACGGUGGUGGUAUGAACGGUGGUGGUAUGAACGGUGGUGGUAUGAACGGCGGUGGUAUGAACGGUGGUGGUAUGAACGACGGUGGAAUGAACGGUGGUGGUAUGAACGGUGGUGGUAUGAACGGUGGUAUGAACGGUGGUGGUAUGAACGACGGUGGAAUGAACGGUGGUGGUAUGAACGGUGGUGGUAUGAAUGACGGUGGAAUGAACGGUGGUGGUAUGAACGGUGGUGAUGGCAUGAUGGCUGCUGAUGGUGGUGUUGUGGCGGUUGCUGCAGAUUUCGUAAUGAAGGAUGCGGUUGAUAGCAUAGAUUGUAAUCGAGACAAGAUUUGGGUGAAUGGUCAGUGUAAACCGGACUUUUUGGAGAUUGAAAGCGAAACAGCAAUUUCAAAAUUGGAACCGCUUAAUUCAUACAAAAUCCAAAAUUCAGAAGCAAUGGAAUAUGGAAUAAGCAAUGCAAGAAACGAACCUCUAAUAAUUCUCGCAAAGAGCAUUCUUGAUUUAAUAAAAUAG